AAUCAGAUCUGCUGGGAAGCCUCCCGUCGUUAUACGCCAGCCACAUACAAUCAGAGUGAUUGCCUACAAGAAUGGGACAAGAGAAACCUCUGCUAAAGUCACAGCUUCUAACAUAACCACGGUGAAGUUCCUCUCUACCUUAUUCACAAAUGUUUUCUUGAAAAGACUAACUAAGAGCUUGACAUUUUGUAUUCAUAUCAGGAGGGUCAAACUCAUUUUGUCCCGGGGCCCGCAUUCGGUCUACAACGAGGUCCGGAGGGCCGCACUGAAAAGUGGUUAUAUUUCCUCUAUCCAUCGUUUUUUAAUUUUUUUAUGCUCUCUGACUGUCUAGCUUUCAUUUUGGUUGUUUUUUAGCGAGCUGGACACAGUCAAUAACUCUAUGAAUGUAGGUCCUUUAUCAUUUCAACACAGUUUCGAUUUGGUUUUAGUCAUUUUAAAGUAUAUUGAGUUUAUUUUAAUUCAAACCACACUCUGGCUGGAUUGGACCCUCUCGUGGGCACAGCUGAUUUAUACAAAACCCCCUUGAAUCCUAAUGAUACUUGUUCCUUGUUGGUAUUUCAGCUUCAGGAGAACACAUCUAAACUGAAGCUGAACUCUGCAGCCAGAAGGAUCUUCCUGUCAGACGGUACAGAGGUUUCUCUACCUAAGGACCUGGUCAUCGAUUUAGAGGCGUUCGUCUCAAUGGGAGAGGCUUUCCUGGACCCACAGAGAGAAAUCUG